GGUUCCUUGCAUUGACUCCUUGGAGACUGUAUCACCUGGUUUCACUCACACUCCUUGCAGUCGUCAUAAUGCAGAUAAUGAGGGACCUGGUGCUGUCCAGAGGGAGAGGCACGCAGUUAUGGCGAAGCUUCACUGACAGGCUGCGCCAAUCAAAACUGUACUCUGUGAACUCCAUUCAAGACAAGCAGACACUUGGUGAUUUGUGUAAAUACACCCUGCAGCAGAGAGACUAAACAGUAGCCUGUGAAGGAGCCUGGGAGCCUGGUUUUCUUCAGACAGAGAACGAUUGAAAACUUCCCUUGGAUUAGCCCCCUGUUAAAAGCUCAGCAUGUCAGAAGGGGAGGACUGUGAACAAAAUGAAAGCUGGGAAGUCGUUGAUUCCAGAUCUGAAUACAGGCUGAGGCUGAGCCAGAGUGUGGAAGGAAGGCUGAUGAGUUUCCUCUUAUUCCUCCAUGAAAUGGCCCACUUCAAAGAACAGAAUCCUGGCAAGUUUUGCCUUCUGGUCUGUAGCGUCUGCACAUUCUUCACCAUCGUGGGAAGUUACAUUCCUGGAGUGGUGCUGUCCUACUUUCUGUUGUUAGGUGCCUUUCUGUGUCCACUCUUUGCACGCAAUGAAUUUGGACAGAAAGUAUAUAGCAACCUGAAGUCAGUUCUGCUGAAACUGGACCUUGGUAUUGGGGACUAUAUCAACCAAAAAUUGAAAGAGAGAGCUGAAAUGAUAAAAACAAAGUUGAUUGAAGAUGACAGUGAGCUAGACAUAUCAUCUUUGUGUCCUCAGGUUAGCCCUGCAGUUGUUGCCAGAGAGAUGUCCAUCUCAGACACGGAUGUAUCGGAGGUCUCUUGGACUGAUAAUGGAACUUUCAAUCUAUCUGAGGGAAACACUCCACAGACAGAUACCUCUGAUGAGUUUGAUCGGACAAGUGACCAUGAGGAAGUGUUUGCAAAAGAGCUUUCGGAGUUCCCAUCUGUGGAAAAUGGCGCAAGAACGAACGAGGAGGAGGAGGACUCCAGCCUUGGCAUGCCCCUGCAGCGAGGGGGGAAGAAGGACCACCACCCUGCCCUGCCUUCCCAGCGUACCAGGCAAGAGAAGGAGGGGCUCUCGGCAGCAGGCCUCUCCUUACCUCUGCUCAAUAACCAGGCCUUCCACUUAGUACAGGCCAUGGCCACCGACGUCGUGACCUCUGCCGUGACAGCAGCUGUCAGAGACCAGUUGCGAUCCAUCCAAGCAGGCCCAAGCUUAAACGAAGAGACAGACUCUGAGGAAGGGGAUGACUUUGAACUGCUGGACCAGUCGGAGCUGGAGCAGAUCGGAAGUGAACUGGGCCUGACAAAAGGCCAAGAGGCUGAACCACAAGAAAAGAAGUUCUCCAGCUUCUUAUCUAACUUGCUUGGGGGCCAUUAAUGCAGAAACUGGAGCUGCUUAACAAUAUAGUGAGAACAAAUGACUAUAGACAACAUGAAAUGCAAAAAGGAAAAUGACUAGCUGUAAGCUUUAACUAAUAUUAUUUUAGAUGUGCUGCGACCUCCUUGCUGCUGAGUGAAAUACCUUGUUACAGAUCUGUUGAUACUGAUAGUUUUGUUUCUCAUAGUGAUGCCAUAGAAAUGAAAGGGGGGGAAUCCCAUUAUUUUGUCUCAGAGGAAUUUAAGAGUCAAUAAUUUUUUUUGUAAAAAAGAAAAGGAAAAAAAGAUUAAUAUUGCCAAAUGUAGCACCCUUCAGACUUUAGCCAAAUCCUCUUCAUGUCCUGACUGUUUACUCUGACUUUUCAAGCGUGGCGCAGCAGCAGCACUUCAGUGGGGGGAGAAACUGAAAACUGGAAUGGAGAAGCCAUCAUCUCUCGGCUGCAGUAGCAGACGGCAGCGACCCUCCAAAGUGAACAGAUGUGUCAAAGGUCCAUGGACCCUGAGCCCUGCACCAAAUGGCAUCACUCCCACUGUGCUUUCCUGGCUUCUAGUCCACCUUUGAACUCCCAGAGGUUCUCCUAGGUGGGAUAGGGUGAGACAGGGCCAAGUGGCAUCCAUCCUCAUAGGCAGUGUAGCCUGACAAAAUGACAUGUCCUCAGACUUCUAUUUACCUUCUAUCAUUUUGUAAUAGACUGUAAGGCAAACACUAUGCAUGUCAUCAGUAUAUAGCAAGUGUGAAUAUUCGUUUGUAUGGUGUGGAGGACAGUCGACCAAUCUCCUUGGAAUCUCCUUACCUGCUUUUUCUAUCAAUUAUUCUGUCCCAGAAUACAAGAAAUUACAAUCCUACAAACUAUGACUAUAUGACUAUAGAUUUGCAAGGACUAUUCUUAUGGAAGAAACAUAGAAUAUUCCGGAUAUAAAAGAUGGCGCCAUCCAGUUUGAACACCCUAUGUGCUCUGUGGCUGACCUUGGGUCUUCAUAAGCCAUGUAACUGACUUAAUUUUUAAAAGCUUUGUGGUUCACCUUUGAAAACUGAGGGAAAGAGGCAGUGCCUUAUCAAGGUAAACCAAAGUUUAGAGAACAAAAAUAACUUAUAGACUUAGUAGUGUUGCACAAAUAGCCAACAAAUGGAGGGACCAGAUCAUCGUUUUUACUGGUUUUUACUGGUUUUACUGGUUUUUACUGGUUUUACUGGCAUUCUGACAGGAAGACAAGGGUGUUUUUGUCUUGUUGACCCUCAUACAGCCCAGUUUAUAGAGUGACCUGUUGUUUCACCAUAGCUGCAGCAUAUCAUUUUGUCACAUGUUAACCUCAGCAAAACCUUGCAUUUGGAAAAACGUUUUGUCUCUCUCCCUCAUUACACCCUCUCUCUCACUGAAGUAGUACAGUGGUACAGUACAUCUUCCUUAUUUAAAUGAUAAAGAUGGUGUUCCUAUAUAUCACAAGAGAAGUAAAUGGGUUGUCAGUUAACAACCGGAGGACAAAAGGGGUUGGGGGAGUUUUGCCACUGCAUGCUUUGGCCUAGAAUCAAGCGGGUGCCACUGUUCUUUAGCCUAAAAUCUCAUGGGUGGAAUUGGGUUUCAGUUCCCCAGUUGAAGAGAACCUGAUCUGAUCCUAAGUAUAUUUACUCAAAAACGAAUUGUCUGUACUCAGCAAAAACAGUACGUAUUGAAGCUUCUGACCUCUGUUGCUGCGGAUUGAGUAUGUCCCCCACAACCUAGAAUCUCUCAAGUUUUCAUGAUUCUGACUUUGAUAAUGUAGGCAUUUCCCUCACAAACUUGUUUUUUUCUGUCAAAUGUUUGAUGACAGAAUAAGGAGAUGAUGUGAAAAUCAUCCUUAUCAGUGUAAUUUCUUCUCCCUUCUGAGGUGGUUUUGCUAGGGGAAAACUGGGCUCCUUAUUAAAGGUGUACGUCCUUUUUGUAAUGAAGGUAUGGCACUGAGGCUACUUUAGAAGACAGCAGGGAAGGGUGUUUUUGGUAAAGCAUUUCUCCAGUUCUGUUGUGAAGGUGCACUUUAUUUAUUUGGGGGGGGCGGGGGUUGUUGGUUCUGGAGAAAUGUUUCAGGGCAGUUUCAAAUACUGUGGUACUCUUCUAGGAAUUUUAAGUUCUGUUUGUCAUUAAAAGCAACUGCUUGAGAUUUCUUGUAAACAAUCUGCUUUCUGGUGUAAAGAUAGAAAAAGUGCAAUCCUGACGAAGAAUAAAGUGAAAACAUUUGCCUGUG